AUGGUUCACUUCUCUACUAUUGCCCUGGCAUUGGCCAGUGUUCUUCCUCAGCUGACUCAAGGAGCCGGGUUACACACCGCUGCCGUUGCAAAGGGAAAGCUAUACUUCGGGUCUGCCACUGAUAACCCCGAGUUGACUGAUGCUCCAUACCUUGCCCAAUUGAGCAACACAGAUGACUUUGGUCAAAUUACUCCCGGAAAUGCACAGAAGUGGGAUGCAAGUGAGCCCUCCCAAAAUACCUUCUCCUAUACCAAAGGAGAUGACAUUGCCAACCUUGCUGCUACAAAUGGCCAAAAGCUGCGAUGUCAUACUCUGGUUUGGCAUAGCCAAUUACCCAGCUGGGUCUCAAGCGGCUCCUGGACUAACGCAACUCUGCUUGCUGCCAUGAAGAACCACAUUACCAACGUGGUGACUCACUACAAAGGCAAAUGUUAUGCUUGGGAUGUUGCUAACGAAGCUCUCAACGAGGACGGUACCUAUCGUGACAAUAUCUUCUACCAAUACAUCGGCGAGGCAUACCUUCCCAUCGCAUUUGCAACAGCAGCUGCCGCAGACCCAGCUGCCAAGCUCUACUACAACGACUACAACAUCGAAUCAGCUGGUUCCAAGUCAACAGGUGCCCAAAGAAUCGUCAAGCUCGUGCAGCAGUAUGGGGCCAAGAUUGAUGGCGUCGGCCUACAGGCACACUUCAUUGUCGGAAGUACCCCUAGUCAGAGCGCGCAGACUACCAACUUGGCUGCGUUCACAGCCCUAGGUGUCGAAGUUGCAUACACUGAACUCGACAUCCGUAUGACUCUACCAUCAACUGCUGCCUUGCUUACCCAACAGUCGACUGAUUACCAAAAUACCGUUGCAGCGUGUGUGGCAAACGCCAAGUGUGUUGGAGUUACUAUUUGGGACUACACUGACAAGUACUCUUGGGUUCCUAACACGUUCUCUGGUCAGGGUGAUGCGUGUCCGUGGGAUGCGAACCUGGCGAAGAAGCCCGCCUAUGCGGGUAUAUUAGCUGCUCUGGGUGGUACAACUUCUACCACUUCCACUACGUCUACUUUUGUUACUACCACAACUAGUUCCAGUUCCGGUGGUACUACUGGCGUCCCUCUCUAUGGUCAGUGUGGUGGCUCGGGCUGGACUGGAGGCACAACUUGCGCAAGUGGGACCUGUAAAUACGCCACUGAGUGGUACUCGCAGUGUCUAUAG